AUGAUGAUUGCACUUGGGGCUGCUAAAGGGCUUGCUUUCCUUCACAAUGCGGAAAGGCCGGUUAUCUAUCGGGACUUUAAGACUUCAAACAUAUUACUUGACUCAGAUUACACAGCUAAACUUUCCGAUUUUGGCCUUGCUAAAGCUGGGCCUCAAGGUGAUGAGACCCAUGUUUCCACUCGAGUGAUGGGUACUUAUGGUUAUGCCGCUCCUGAGUAUGUGAUGACUGGACAUCUCACUGCAAGAAGUGAUGUGUAUAGUUUUGGGGUGGUCCUUUUAGAGUUAUUGACUGGAAGGAAAUCUGUUGAUAAGACCAGGCCAAGCAAGGAGCAGAGUUUGGUGGAUUGGGCACGGACGAAGCUAAACGAUAAACGUAAAAUGCUCCAAAUAAUAGAUCCUAGAUUAGAAAAUCAGUACUCCAUUAGGGCAGCACAAAAGGCAUGCAGUUUGGCAUAUUAUUGCUUGAGCCAAAAUCCAAAAGCAAGACCUUUAAUGAGUGACGUGGUCGAGACGUUAGAGCCUCUGCAAUGCAAUAACGGUGCUACAGAGGAAAAAAGCUCGUUGUUAUCUGAUGGGCCUAUUGGUGGGUUAGGUAGGACUGCCCGAGAUUACCGGUUGCAUAAUAAAUAUGGUGGUGCCGUUCGGCCACCUGCUGGUUGCCGCUCUCCCAACCCGAAUUGUUCUCCAGGUGGUGGGCCGACAGCAUGCCGUGUUAGAUGA